UGCGUUUUACAGCACUAUCACUUGCUCUGCGUUCUUUUCACGUCCGUAAAAUGUAAAACAGAAGCUGCAUUUAAUUGCAUUUAUCGCGACGCAGUCCAAUCAAAAACCAAUUUCUAGUGCAAUCGUGUAGUGAAUCAACAUCCAUACCCAUGUUAACCGAAGCGCUCAUGGCCAGCGACAACAUAAUGGACGAACUAGCAUCUUUGAUCCGUACCGAAAUUCCCGAUGGCCGCCAGAGUCUACGCGACAGCUACACGAAUCUCGAGCGUGUGGCCGACUACUGCGAGGACACCUACUAUCGUGCUGACAAUAAAAAGGCUGCACUUGAGGCCACCAAGAACUACACCACUCAGUCGCUGGCCAGUGUCGCGUAUCAGAUCAACACUCUUGCCUACAGCUACAUGCAGCUGUUGGAUUUGCAGGCGCAGCAGCUCAGCGAAAUGGAGUCGCAGAUGAACCACAUCGCUCAAACCGUGCACAUACAUAAGGAGAAGGUAGCCAGACGGGAGAUUGGUGUGCUCACGGCCAAUAAGGUGAGCUCACGCCAGUUCAAGAUUGUGGCGCCCAUUAAUCCCGAGAAGCCCAUCAAGUAUGUGCGCAAGCCCAUCGACUAUUCCAUACUGGAUGAGAUUGGACAUGGGAUAAAUUCCUCCAAUCAGCAUGUAGUGCGGCAGAAGCACCGCGGUUCGAGUCAUGGUUCUGUUCAAUCUCUGGUGCCGUCAUCGGUGGGUCCGCCGCCCACCACGAAGCCACCGACACCACCACAAAUGUCGCGUGCCGGCAACACGGGCACUCUGGGCAAAUCGGUCAGCAACACUGGAACACUUGGCAAGAGUUCGCGGGAGUACCGCACGCCUCCAGUGGUAAAUCCACCGCAAGUGCCCUCACACUAUGCUCCCAACUAUCCAAUUGGACAUCCCAAGCGCAUGUCAACGGCCUCGUCCACCACAACCACCACCACUGGUGGCGGUGCAGCGGGCAAUGAGCGCGCCGCCGGCUACAGUGCGCUGCCCAUGCCGCCUAGCCAGCAGAUUGCCACGCACGUAAAUCUGCCCUCGGCUGGCAUGAUGCAGUCGCUGCCACCGCCGCCGCCUACCACCUACGACGACAGGAGCAGCAUGCCGCCAGCGCCUCCCUCGCCGUUGACCGUCUCGCAGCACGAGAUGACCGAACAGAGUCACAUUGGCAUGCACACCCUGGGUCGCAACAUCAAUAGGAAUCCGAAUAGAAAUCAUUUCAGCUUGAACUUCGCUCGCCCUGGAUCGCAGUCGCCGCCGUUGCCACCACCGCCGCCGCCAGAGGAUGAGCACCAAGACUUUGGGCGACCACGCACUUCAACGGGCCCACAAUUGGCCCCAAUUGUGCCGGAGGAUCAGAACUUACCUGGCUGGGUGCCCAAAAACUACAUUGAAAAGGUGGUGGCUAUUUAUGAUUAUUAUGCUGACAAGGAUGACGAGCUCAGCUUCCAGGAGAGUUCCGUUCUGUAUGUGCUGAAGAAGAAUGACGAUGGCUGGUGGGAGGGAGUUAUGGAUGGUGUAACCGGUCUGUUCCCGGGAAAUUAUGUCGAGCCCUGUGUCUAAGCACUGCCAACGGAAUUAACAAUAACAAUAAUAUGCAUUAUAACGCAAACGAUAAGAAUUGCGCAUAUUGAUAAUGAUAGUUAUACAACUACAGCCGCAGCGUACGCUCCAAAAGUAUUCCACUAGCAUAAACGGAAUGGCAACUGGUUACAUAUAGUUGAAUAUGUACAAGUGGUCAACAAACUCUCACACACACAGACACACACACACACGCAUACAUGCAUAAACACACACGCACGCACACUCCAGCAACAAUUGUCAGAGCAUUUAUAUGAGCGCGCUCGCUAUUUUCUACAUAAAGUAAACUAACUAUAAACUAA